GACCCGGCCUGGGAGGCAGCAGCGGCGAUAUCGUUAUCGGCGGCGAUAUCGAUAUCGGUACCGGCAGCGGUAUCGCAGCGCACUGCGGGGCGGGCGGAGCGGUCGGUGCACCCCGCGCGUCCCCUCCGGGCCCGUUCAGCCGGUGCAGGGGCGGAAUUCGCCGUGUCCGGCGGGGGAGCGGCCCCCGCCCCGGGACCGAGCGGCGAUGUGAGCCCCGGGCCCCGCCAUGGCCGAGCCCGCCGGAGGGGCCGGGCAGCCCCCGCCGCCCGCGGGGCGCAGGAGGUGACGGACCCCCCAUGAGAGCCCCCGCCAGCCCCACCAGCAGAGGAUAAUCCUCCCUGGAGCCCAGCCCAAGACAGGGAUCCUGCCAGCAGAAGCCGUGGCUUAUCUGCACCCCAGAGCCUGCCUGACCUAUGCCCACAGCAUUUCCCUUCCCUGAAUCGAUUUCAAGGGUUUACCUUCCCCUUCAGAGGGAGGAGACCUGGGAACUCAUUCCACAUACAGCUCCUUCCGUAUCCCCACCGGAUCGGUAUUGUAUCCCCAUGGGCCAGUGCUGGGGGUGACCAUGUGCCUUGCAGGUGCUCACGGGAUGCCAGCGACCACCGUGUGCUGAGACCACCACAAAGACAUGAGUGGCAACGCGAGCCAACGCGCCGCCGCCCUGGGAGUCCUCUUUGCCCUGAUUAUGUUGCUGAUCAUCUACAGCUCCGGCAACGGGAGCGAGGUCUUCCCCUACAGCCGCCUGCGGGGCAGAACCCGCCGGCCCCCUGACCUCAAGAAGUGGGGGGUGAAAAGCGGGUACCUGCCUGUCUGUGGGAACAAGACCCUGACUGCCCGCUGCCACCAGUGUGUCAUUGUCACCAGCUCCAGCCACCUCCUGGGCACCCACCUGGGCACAGCCAUCGAUGGGGCCGAGUGCACCAUCCGCAUGAACGACGCUCCGACCACGGGCUAUGAGGCUGACGUGGGCAACAAGACCAGCUUCCGCGUGGUGGCCCACUCCAGCCUCUACCGUGUCCUCAAGCGGCCCCAGGAGUUUGUCAACAAGACACCAGAGAACAUCUUCAUCUUCUGGGGGCCCCCUAUCAAGAUGCAGAAGAGCCUCCUGAAGAUCAUCCAGCGCGUCUGUGCCUCCUUCCCCAACAUGACGGCCUAUGUCGUGUCCCCCGGCCGCAUGAAGCAGUUUGAUGACCUGUUUCGGGGGGAGACAGGAAAGGACAGGGAGAAGUCGCGCUCGUGGCUCAGCACUGGCUGGUUCACCAUGGUGAUCGCGGUGGAGCUGUGCGACGCCGUCCACGUCUACGGCAUGGUGCCACCCAGCUACUGCGGCCACCACCCCCCACCCCGCCGCCUGCCCUACCACUACUACGAGCCCAAGGGCCCCGACGAGUGCACGACCUACAUCCACAACGAGCGGAGCCGCAAGGGCAACCACCACCGCUUCAUCACCGAGAAGAGGGUCUUCGCCAGCUGGGCCGGCCUCUACAACAUCACCUUCUCCCACCCCAACUGGCCCUAGGGGCUGUCCCCCCACCUGCCGGGCAGACCCCUGGAGCUGGGAUGGAUGGGGGUUUCCCUGCAUCCCCCUGGGAGCGGUGGGAGCCAGGCAUCGGGGUGCCACCGGGUGCCUCCCACAGGACC